CAUCUCAUCUGGCUCAUCAUGAAUGGUGCCCCUUCCCCUGAGGAUGGCGCUGCCCCUUCUCCUCACCCUCUCCCAUCACCACCACCUUCCCCAGGUUGGCAGGAGUUCUGUGAAUCCCAGGCUCGGGAAGCAGCCCUGGACUGUGCCCGACGCUUCUGCCUCUACUGGGCUUCCCAUCCCCAAUACUCUGGGGAUGAGGCAACCUUCUCCCGACGUUUUGCUCUGCUCUUCUUGCAGCAUUUUGAGGCAGAGGUGGCCCAGACCUCAGGUUCCCUUUUAUCAUCUGGUCGGAUGCUCCUUAGUCUUGGUGAGGAAACCCCAUCAAGUGGUCCUUCCCUGCAGAGCUGUGGGAACAGUGAGCCUCUGACUGUGUGGGGUCGUUCUCGAUCCUCUGAAGACCAGGCUGGCCCUCUCCCUUCCUCGAUGGCUUCAAACUCUUCAAAGCCUCAGGUGAAGAAACGCUUCUCCCUGCGCUCAUUUGGCCGCUCAGUCCAAGGGAUCUUCCAGUGGCGGGGAGCGGGUGACCCCCCCUCUGCAGUUGGACCUUUGGAGAGCUCUGCCUCAGGGCCACCUGACCUGGGUGAAAACAGCAACUCCCACUCCUCUGAUGGGGGUGAUAGCAUCAGUGAGGGGCCAACUAGUGGUGGGGCACCUGGAGAAAGCUUUGAGAUGGAGACAAUAAGUAGGGGAGGGGAACCCUUGGAGACCUCAGCCUCUGGGCUCCCUGUCCUGGGUGAGGGUGGUAGUGCCAGUGAGGAGUCAACUAGCCGUGGGGCAGAGGGGCCCUUCAAGGUUGGGACAAGGACAGAGCACAGACAGGAGCUGCCCUUGGCACCUAGGGAGAGCCACGUGGACCUGCCUCAGGGGGCCUGUGGGGGCCUCUCAGACCAUCCCUCAGCUUCUGUCUCCCCCAGCUCUGCCUCCACUGCUGCCUCCUAUUAUUACUCAACUGAACUGAUACCCCCUGAGGUGUCUUCCCGAUUCCCCAUUAAAAAGGGGCCCCCAGUGGGGAAAACUAACCUCCCACCAACCCCUUAUGCUCCAGACACCACAGGCUCCUUCCUGUCUCAGGAGGAGGCAGAUGGAGGUGAUAGGGACGACCUCCUCUCAGAGUACCCUUGGUUCCAUGGAACCAUCCCUAGACUCCAAGCUGCUGAGCUAGUACUUGAAGGGGGUGCUGCCAGCCGAGGUGUCUACCUGGUACGUAAAAGCAACAAGAAGAUAGGGAAGUAUGUCCUCACAUUCAACUUUGAGGGCAGGGUCAAACACCGUCUUCUUACCCUGAAUGACAGUGGUCAGUGCCAGGUGCGGCACCUCUUCUUCUCCACAGUCUGUGACAUGCUGGCAUAUUUCAGUGUCCACCCUAUUCCUGUGGAGUCUGAGCCCUUCAGCCACGUUACCCUUACCAGCUAUGUUAAGGCACCACAGUGGCCAAAAGGCAGGGAACGGGCAGAGGGAGUGCCCAGGAGGAUGGGGUCCACUCAGGAGCCAUCAAUAACUCCUUCCUAUAUGGAGGAAUACACCCACAUAUCCAGGUCCCCCUUUCUCUCUGGCCCUGGGCCAGGACCCAGGAUGGACCCUCCCCAGAGAGGUACAACUGCUCCCCUUGCCCUUGAUUGUCUAGGGGUGGACCUGCUGUUAGAAAAAAGGCCAGAGCCCACCAUGCACAAAGUAGAGUUAGAAGUAGAGGACAAUACAGAAAUUGGGAUGAGCAAAGUCCUAACCUAA